AUGUAUAGGGGGCACAGGGAAGGGUCUCACCGAGCGUGUCCCCGCAGCAUCGACGAGGACGAGAACCGGUACCCGCGCAAGUUGGCCUUCGCCGAGUGCCUGUGCAGCGGCUGCGUGGAUGUCAAGACCGGCCGGGAGACGACGUCGCUCAACUCUGUGACCAUCCACCAGACCAUGAUGGUGCUGCGGCGCAAGCCCUGCCCACACCCCACCGGGCUGGGCCUCGUCACCUUCGAGGUGGAUUAUAUCAAGGUGCCCGUGGGCUGCACCUGCGUCCUGCCCCGCACCAGGCGCUGACCCUCCCCUGCUCCCGUGGAGCCCCCGUAGUGUGACCGUGUCACCGCAUCCCCCUCACCCGUGCUUGUUUUAGAGCACCCACCCACAGCCAGGGCAUCCUCCCAGCCCCUCACCGCAUUAUUUAUGAGUUAUUUAUAAGCCUUGCAGCCAGGGGGCUUUUUUUACCCCGUAUUUAUUGCUGACUCCCCUGGCUGCAGCUGUGACUCCGGGUCCAGCAUCGCCCCACAGUGCUCGAGACCCC